AUUCUUAAUUCUUUACCCCGUAGGUCACGUACGAUCAUACAGAACCUCUAAUAACCUAGCACUUCGCGGUCGUGUUAUUGCCACUUCGUACACGACGAUUGUUUGCAAUUUUUUCGCACUUACCGAGAUGUACGUGCAUGGUUUAUUAAAUUUCGAAAGGUUUCUGACUUAACGCGUAACUGUUUGUCAUCGAAAAAUGCCUGCGCAACUAAGCAAACUCAUCGACAUACAAUGCAAGGAUUACUCGCAUCAUUGGACGAACUCCUGCGCGGCUGCGGCAGCUGGUCUCGGGUUGGAUUCUAUUCCAGAAUGUCUAAAGUUAUAUGCCACCGUUUAUAUAGCCGCACUUUUAAUGAAAGGAAAGAUACCAUCCAAAGAAGAUGCUAGAAAAACAAUGUUAGGCCUUUUGCAAUCAACAGCGUUUCUCUCGUGGAGUGCCUUCUCAUAUUCCGUCUUUAUUUGCUUCUUAAGACAAAUACUUGGCAACUUCAAUUUUCUGACUGUAUCAUUUCUUCCAUCCUUUUUAUCUAGUAUAACAGCUAUUGUUAUAGAGAGACCAUCAAGACGUCCUUUAUUAAGUUUAUAUGUAGCUAAUCUUGCAACAGAAACACUAUUUAAAAUGGGAGUUGCAAGGGGUUAUUAUACUCCUGUUCCACAAGGUGCAACAUAUAUUUUUGCUACAAGCAUAGCACUAUUACUUUAUUUUUAUCGUUCUAGACCAAAUAAAGAACCUUCUAUGUAUAGGAUAUUUAGAAUUCUUGUUGGGAAAUAUGAAGAAUAUGAUUUUGCUACAAAAAAAGACAAUUUACAUUGCAAUACACAAAUACGUUCUGAUGGUGAAGGCAAUGCUAGUAAUAGUUCAGAAAGGCGUGAUGUAAAUAAAAAAUCUUGUAAAAAGAAUUUUAAUAUAUUUAUGAAAUCCCUUGAAGUAUAUAGCAAAAUUAUAGAAAGAUUAAAACUUCAAGGAAAACAUAGUUCCUGUUUACAUCCUUUUAGUUGUGCUCAUCACAUACUAAAGGGUGUGAUGGAACUAUUUAGUUAUGCUCUAAGUGCUCAAUUAGUAAUUAAUUUGGUCUUUGGUAUUAAGAAAUUAUUUGUGAACCCACUGUCAAUAAGAUCAAUGAUUUUUAAAAAAAGUAAUCUAAAUCUACCUAUGUUUUUGGGUGGUUUUGCAGGAAUUUAUAGGCUAAUAUCCUGUUUGUUAAGGAGAUUCUUAGAGAAAGAUUCUCCUUGUCACGCAAUUCCUGCUGGACUUAUUGGUGGUUUAACAUUUAUGUUUUACAGUAGUAAUACAAUAGCUUUAUAUUUUAUGUGGAAAGCUUUGCAGUUGUCAUGGAAUGAUCUUGUGGAACAAAAUAUAGUACCUGAAGUAAAGUGGUUUGUAAUUUUUUUAUACUGCUUUUGUACAGCAGUACUCUUCCAUGUAGCAAUCUUUGAACCACACCUUUUAAGGUCUUCCUAUUGGAAAUUUUUAUACGCUAUAUCUGGAGGAAGGAUAGCAUCAAUGUCUCGAGUACCAUUAAACGUAUUUGGUUUGGACUCAACUAAACAUCUUGCAGAUGUACUCAAAAAAACCAAAACUACCGAUAAAAACACUUUUGCUUUUUAAUUGAAAAAAGAAUGUACUAGGAAGGAAGGAACUAUGUUGAUCUUUAUUAUUUGAGUAAAAUAUCCGAGAAUCAAUAACACGAUUUGAAAUGUUUGUUUUUACGUAAAAAGUAUAAAAGAAACUUGUUAGCAAGUAUACGUGCUAUUGAGUACGCGUGUACUGAAGUAAGAUUGUAGACACUCAAGAGGUUCGGAGAAUGCUUCUUGUCUAAAAAAAAAAAAAAAAAAAAACACCUAACGCGUACCCAUGUACCGUGCCAGUGCAUCUGUACUGAUCGGAUUGUUCAAGAAUUUGUAAGAACAAAAACCUUUUUCCAUUUUACUUUUGUAACAUUAUAUAAAAUGUUAGUUAAUAUUACGUCAUACAUAAAAAAUAUAUGUUAACAUUUUUGCGAGAAUAAGUUGAAAUUUCUUUCGUACUAUGAGCAGAUUAACAGACCAAAGUACGAAGCUUUCAUCCAUGGAUUGCCGUAGGCGGAGUCAUUUCUAUUCCCCUUACCUCAUGAUACCCCUUAAAUGCCCGAAAUAGUAUUUCGGUACGCUUGUACUUGAUAAAUACUCAUACUGAAAUUUUCCAGGAAAAAAUAGUAAAAUAUUCUAAAAUAAAUAAGUAAACGAUAAUUUCAUAAAAAGCUGCAUUUAAGAUCAUGAACUGCAUCUGAAUAUUUAUUAAGUACAUUUAUACUUGCAUUAGUGUAUGUUAUAGAAUAAGAAUAUCUUGGCUCCGCCUACAGUGCACGUAUACUCAUCAAUAUGGAAUGAGAAAUAUUCUUCUGACCUCUUAAUAUUUCAGAAAUAUCUAUCACAAUCAAGUGCACAUAUAUGGAAUAAGUACAAAGUCGAUCUUU